AUCCCAAAUGACAACGUUCCACUAAAUCUCUUCCCCUUGCAUUCCAAAUGACCCGCCUCUCUCUGUAACCCCACGUUAAUGUACGGACGGAGGUGCAGGAAGAAGACGACGUCCAAAGACAAAAAACUUUGGCUUCUCAUUUCUGCCAUUUUUGCCAAUUUUAUUGAGUUCUGAUGAACUUCAAUCUUAAACAGUUUCUUUGAAGAAUUAAUGCACACCCAUUUGUACAAAGGGAGUGCAAAUGAUGUUUGCAAAACUCCAGCUCUUUGAUUGCGGCUGUUUCCACAUACUGGGUUCCACAAAGCUUCCACCCGGCGUAGGAAUCUCAACAGACAAAGUUGAGUCCGUAAAGAAACAUCGAGGGAAAAGGGUGCUCGAAGCUCUCAAUGGAAAUGGAGGACCAAAUAGUUCUGGUAGAGUUUACAGACGAGCCCAUGACUGGAAAGUUGACAUUGUUAACAAGCCUCGUGUGAGCCAGCACGAUUUGGUGAAGGAACUAUGUGGGGAGCAUAUGGGGAACGCGGUGGAGAAUGGCAGAGUUGAGAGUAGAAGGAAUGGUGCGGCUCAAUUCAGACGCGGACGCAGGAAUGGUUCGGGGGGAAAUGUGCAGGUCAAAUGUUCGACGAAAUGCGUCUCUUAUGGAGGGUCUAUUCCGGCAAUUUUGCAGGCAUUGGAACGAGUUGUUGAUUUGAAUGAAGCGUUGAGACCAUGGGCGGAGAGUCUGAGUAACAAGGAAAGGAGUAUCAUUCUAAAGGAGCAGACGAGUUGGGAAAGGGCUUUGGAGAUCUUUGAAUGGUUUAAAAGAAAGGGUUGUUAUGAAUUGAAUGUGAUUCACUAUAAUAUUAUGCUUAAGAUUCUUGGGAAAGCACAGAAGUGGAGCCUGGUUGAGAGCUUGUGGGUUGAGAUGAUGAAGAGAAGAAUUUUGCCGACUAACUCCACUUAUGGUACUUUAAUUGACGUUUAUAGCAAAGGAGGACGCAAGGAAGAGGCUCUCCGCUGGCUGAAACAGAUGAACAGACAAGGGAUGGAAGCCGAUGAGGUAACUAUGGGGACUGUCAUUCAAACAUACAAGAGGUCUGGGGAGUUCAGAAAGGCUGAGGAGUUCUUCAAGAAGUGGUCGUUGAAGAUAUCCUUGAAGGAUGAGGGCCAAAGUACUAGACCAACAGCUGUUGCUACUUCAGAAAGUGCUUCUCAAGGUCAAGUCUUGUUAAAUUCAUAUACGUAUAAUACCUUGAUUGAUACAUAUGGGAAGGCAGGACAGCUUAAAGGAGCAUCUGAGACUUUUGCCCAGAUGCUUCGAGAAGGGAUUGCUCCAAACACAAUCACUUUCAAUACAAUGAUUCAUGUUUGCGGUAACCAUGGCCGGCUUGAGGAAGUGGCUUCACUAAUGCAGAAAAUGGAGGAACUUCGAUGCCCACCUGAUACAAGAACAUAUAAUAUUCUCAUUUCCCUCCAUGCUAAGCAUGAUAAUAUUAGAAUGGCAGCAAGCUACUUUUCAAAGAUGAAGGAGGCUUGCCUCGAGCCGGACCUUGUGAGUUACCGCACCCUCUUGUAUGCAUUCUCCAUAAGGCAUAUGGUUCGUGAAGCUGAAGAUCUCAUAUCAGAGAUGGAUGAAAGGGGCAUUGAGAUUGAUGAAUUUACCCAAUCUGCUUUGACUAGGAUGUAUAUAGAAGCUGGGAUGCUUGAUAAGUCAUGGUUGUGGUUCAAGAGGUUUCAUCUUGAAGGGAAUAUGACUUCUGAGUGCUAUUCUGCAAACAUUGAUGCAUAUGGAGAGCGUGGACACAUUUUGGAGGCUGAAAAGGUGUUUUCCUGUUGCCAAGAGGCCAAAAAACUUACUGUGCUUGGAUUCAACGUGAUGAUCAAAGCUUAUGGAAUAAGCAAGAGGUUUGAUGAGGCAUGCCAGUUGUUUGAUGGAAUGGAGAAUUAUGGUGUAGCUCCAGAUAAAUGUAGCUAUAAUUCUCUCAUACAAAUAUUAGCCAGUGCUGAUCUGCCACACAUAGCAAAACCCUAUGUGAAGAAGAUGCAGGAGGCAGGAUUGGUAAGUGACUGCAUCCCAUACUGUGCCAUAAUCUCAAGCUUUGCAAAGUUAGGUGAGUUGGAGAUGGCAGAGGGACUGUACGAAGAGAUGGUUAAAUUUGGUGUGCAGCCUGAUCUUCUUGUUUACGGUAUACUAAUAAAUGCUUUUGCUGAUGUGGGAAGCAUCAAGGAAGCUUUAGGUUAUGUGGAUGUGAUGAGAAAUGCAGGUUUGCCCACAAAUGCUGUUAUAUGCAACUCCUUGAUAAAGCUUUAUACGAAGGUUGGAUACUUGAAAGAAGCACAGGAGACAUACGGGAUGCUUCAGUCAUCUCAAGAGGGUCCUGAUGUAUAUUCUUCAAAUUGUAUGAUUGAUCUCUACACUGAACGAUCUAUGGUAAAGCAAGCAGAAGAGAUUUUUACAAGCUUGAGGAGAAAAGGACAUGCAAAUGAGUUUUCAUAUGCAAUGAUGCUGUGUAUGUACAAGAGAAUUGGGAUGUUUGGGGAGGCCAUUCGGAUAGCUAAAAAGAUGAGAGAAUUGGGAUUCUUAACUAGUUUGUUGAGUUAUAAUAAUGUACUGGGUUUGUAUGCUAUGGAUGGGAGGUUCAAAGAGGCAGUGGAAACUUUUAAGGAGAUGGUGAAUGCUUCCAUCCAACCUGAUGACUAUACAUUCAAAUCACUUGGACUUGUUUUGGUGAAAUGUGGAGUACCAAAGCAAGCAGUUGGUAAGCUAGAAGUAACGAGGAAGAUGGAUGCUCAAUGUGGUAUGCAGGCAUGGAUGUCAACCCUCUUGACUGUGGUUGAAAUGAAUGAUGAUGAUGAUGAUGAUGAUGAUGAUGACGGUUGCGCAUAGAUACUUUCUGGCUCUACCACAGGCCUUCUGACAAGACUGAGUUAAUGCUAAAAAAAAAAGGGCACAAAGCUCCCGCAUAUGCAGGGUCCUGUAUAUGUUAAAUUGUUAAUGCUUAACAUGGUUUGCAGCAUGGAUGUCAAUUAUGUCUCUUAUCCUUGCUUGGCAUUGAUGACAAUGGAGAUGAUGUCCAGACAUCAUGGGUGCUCUGCUACAAGCUUUUUUGACGGCCAAUGGUAAAUGUUGUACAUGUUACUUGAAAUGUUCCUUGAGUAAUCUCCCUGUAAAUGUUGGCAUCUUUGAUGGAUGGUAUACUUCACCACUGUAAAAACUUAAACUCUGUUAAGUGGCAUAGAAAUGCUUUCAGGAUGUUGUGGUGGUAGUUGUUUGUUAGAAGAUGAUGAAUGCUUCAACUUUUGCAACAACUGAAAGGUUGAGUGGCAGAUGAUCAUUUUACAAAACUGUGGUUGUGUAUGUAGGUCAAAGCAGAUAAGUAAAAUUUUUUCCACGGAGUGUUAUUUAAUACAAUAUUUUU